UGAGGAUGAGAUUUGCCCGUAUGCGACAUUCCACCUUCUAGGUUUCAGGGAAGAGAUGGAUCCAGGAAAAGCUUUGAAUUUCCAGACAUUCCCACAUCAGAAUGGGCACACACCGGUGCAUCAGGAAGGAAAUAGACCACAACAUGCUCAUUCGCGUGCUGGUAGCCAAUCUAUGCCUCGCCAAAAUAACCGUUAUGCUCGCAAAAACUCACAAGGAGGAAACAGCAACAUCUAUACACCAGGACCAGAUUAUGAUGACCCUGCGAAUUGUGCUGAAGAAGAUCAAUACCGGAGCCGCUAUACUCGCGUAAAUUCUUUGGGAGGCUCAUUAUAUGGAGGUGCUGCCGAAUAUGAUGACCCAGCAAAUUGCGCCGAAGAAGACCAGUAUGGAUCUCAAUAUCAGCCUUAUGGUGCACCAUGUGAUCAUUAUGGUUCAAGAAAGAGCAUAGUCUCACGAAAUCCCAAUGCCCAAAAUAAUGGAGGUGUUACAACUGUUGGAAAUGGCAGUCCGGAACCUCCACCACCUCCACCGCCACCAAGGAACCAUGAUCAACAAGGAAAUGGAAGCUUUAACGACUCCAAAGAAAGCAACGAAAUAUCAGAAGCUGAAUGCGAUCGUGAUCAGUUACCUAGGAAUUAUGCAGUACGUGCUCCCCAUCAUAAAGAUCCACGCUCCACCGAAGAAAUGAGGAAACUUAUUGACAGAAACGAAGCAGAACCAAGGUUGCAAACAGCAAACGCAGGACAACUCACAGCCCACCAUACUAUGGCAGUGUAAUCUGUAAAUUCAUAAUCUGAAUAAAUCAGAUAUUAUUAUGCACCAAUCUAUAGAUGCAUUAAAAGAACGUAUU